AUGGUCUCCUGUGGGCGUGACCAGGAUUUUGGCUACUACCAGAUCCAUACGCCUCAGGGGAAGACAGUCAAAGUGUCUCGCGCCUGUCAGGUUCCGACCUCUCCAGAUUUUCAAGUCGAACGGCGGACUCUCUCGGGUAUCGAGACGGUCUGGCACUCUGUCCGUCUUGAAAUCAUCUGUCCUCCACGUUACAUCGUACCGGUCUACUUCACCCAAACGGGAUCAUCGCUUGCUGGGGUGGUCGCCCGAAGAUGUCUACAGUGUCUCAAAGGAUACGGAGAUCUACUCCCUUAUAGAAGGACACACAAUAUCGGACCUGCGUUCCCAGCUCAUAUCACCGAGAACGGUGAUCGUGUGAUCGGCUAUGCUGCCGAGAGAAUCCCGGGUCGUCGCGCCACGAUCGCCCUACCAAGACUUCAUACACUCGAUAUCGCUCGUAGAGCCUUGAACAUAUCAGUUUUCCUAGUGGCAGAUGAUGGCCAUGUCGUUCAACAUGGCUUUUCUGGGUCAUUCCUCACAGGCGAUGAUGUUGCACAUGCCAAAUAUAUGGAUUCUCUUGAGGAUAUGCUAUGGCAAAGCUGGCUUCCUCCUCGCCGCCGACUCGAUCACCAGGUGGGAGAGAAACUUGAGGAGAUUGACAAGCGUGAUGAUGGCAUUCACGCUGUAGCACUUGGCCAGGCCGUACUGCAGGAUAAGGGUGGAUAUCAACACGGAGAAGCACGGAAAACUACUUGGAGAAUUAAGGACUAA